CCAAGCAACACAGAUACCAAGGAUAUAUACAGUUAACCUCCUCCUCCCCGUCCUCUCUCUCUCUCUCUCUCUCUCUCUCUCUCUCUCUGUAGGUUGCUCUCAAGUUUUAUUACAAUCAAUCAAUGUCAAGGGUGAAGCCGGAUCGCAAGCCUCCGCUGGCUAAAUCACCAAUUAGGCUUCGACCCCGUCGGGUCCUCGGAUCAAACUCAAACGUUAUGCAAACCCCAUCUGGACGGUCUGAGAUCCGGUUCCAGCAGCAAGCCGAUCCAAUUUUAACAGGAGGGUCUUUAAGAAGAUCGGAGAAACCAAGGCGCACAAGCUGCACAUGGGAGAUGGAAGAAGCGGAUCUUCGACCCGAAUACCAGUCGAUUUCGUGGGAACUGAGGGCUUUAGCCAAGAUGGUUGGUGACGAAUUGGGCAAGGAAAAUUGUGAUGCUGCUGAUGUGGAUAGUGAUAUGAAGAUGAAUUGUGGUGGUGGGAAUUCGUUGGUUUCGAGCCCUUUGUUCGAAAGGGGUAGAUUUUACGAGCAGUACUCUGCCAGAAGGAACGAGCGGCUCAAUAGGAAGAACAAGAUCAAAGAGGCUCAAACAAAUUUUUUUUCGUCAACAACCGCAUCUGUGUCUAAAUUUAAAAGCUAUAAUAAUAAGCUGGGUGUGACGGUAGAGUCUGCCAAAAGAAGCGGUUUUACCAGUACUACCAGUAGCAGCAGCAGGAAGCUUCAAAGCAGCUUGAGGAAAUCGGUGGUCUCUGCGGUGGUGGAGACUCCAAUUCCAACUCCAACUCCAAUUCACCGGAAAAGCACGAGUAGCCAGUGCGAGAAACAGGCUCCUCCUACUUUAAUUCCAACUCCAACUCCGAGGUACAUGCUGAGGAGCAUGACGAACAAAGAGAAUAUGAAGCUGCCUCCUCUGCCUCAGCAGCCUUCUCAUAAUAAUCCUAAGGCACCUGCCAUCCGUGGGGGACGCAAAAGCGGAGCUCCAUGUUCAACUCCAUCAAGAGUCGUUGGGGGGUAUUAAUCACUAGAUCGCAUUAGAUUAGAGAAGAUUGAUUGAUUUUAUCAUGUUUGUUUGGAAAUUGGUUGUUUUAGUUGGGGAGUUAGACUCUCACUCGAUCAGUCCGGCAGAGUUUGGGUUGCCCUGCCUCUGUUUUCUCUGUUUUCUCUGUUUCUGAAACUCUCUCAAACUUAUAUAAUGAUAGUGUGAAUGUUGGUUGGUGCCUGUUCUAAUAAUACACUCUCUCUUUAUCAA